GGGCAUUAGACGGCACGUAUGUCAGUGUCAUGGUUGGUAACGUGGACAAACCUCGAUAUAGAACAAGGAAAGGGCAGAUAUCAACGAAUGUGUUAGGUGUAUGCGAUCGGAAGUUGAAUUUCAGUUAUGUUUUAGCCGGUUGGGAAGGUUCGGCUGCGGACUCUAGAAUCUUACGAGAUGCAAUUAGUAGACCUCAUGGCCUUAAGGUCCUAAAGGGGAAGUACUACUUGUGUGACAAUGGUUACGCGAAUAGUGAUGGUUUCCUAACGCCGUUCAAGGGCGUUAGGUACCAUUUAAAAGAGUGGGGACCAAACAAUGCACGCCCACAAAAUAAAAAGGAGCUUUUUAACUUGAGACAUAGUAAAGCAAGGAACGCCAUAGAGAGAGCCUUUGGGAUCUUGAAGAUGAGAUGGGGUAUACUAAGAUCGCCAUCUUUUUAUCCAAUUCGAGUGCAAAAUCGACUUAUAAUGGCAGCAUUUUUACUUAACAAUUUCAUUCGGAUGGAAAUGCCAGUAGAUCCUAUUGAACAACAACUAGAUGCCAUGCCCCAAGACAAUGAUGCAACAUUAGAUGGGACAUCCGAUGAAUUUGUAGAUGAAGUUGAUAGUUCCCCCCAAUGGAACGCGGCGAGGAAUGCCUUAGCCGAGGCAAUGUGGUUACAAUAUAUGAAUAACAAUUAG